GCAAGAUCCUCAUGGCGCUGUCCAUCCUGGCCGUCGUGUACGACAUCACCUCCACCGUCCACGCCAUGCAGCUGUCGUACCAGCAAGGGGGCAACGUGUGGUCCUACCUGGGCGGCAAGUCAUCCAGGAACAUCAUCACCUGGCACGCCCUAGACGUGUUCACCCACCUGGCCUCGCUGGCGUGGAUCCUCGUGUGGUUCCACUUGCUGUGGCUGUGUGAAUACCGCACGGACGAGCCCUACCCGCAGAGCCCCUCGCAACUGGCUCCAGUGGAAUCGGAGGCGAGGCUGUACACCGGCUGGAUGUACUUCAGCAUGGCCAUUUUCCUGCUGGUGGGGCUGCGCAGCUACCAGCAAAUGAAGUACCACUCGGGCCUGCGAGUCUUCCACACGCUCUUCAGGCUGGCAUACCGCGAUAUUCUGGAGUUCCUUACCUUCGUCAUCUCCGUCGUGGUGGUGUUGUGCGCUGCGCUGUUCAGCAUCUUCAUGAUCAGCGGAGGAAACAGCCGCUUCUCGGUGUUCAGCCGCGGGCUGUCAUCCAUGGCGCGGCUGUCGUUCGGCUUCUUUGAGUACGAAGCGUUCACAAACGAGGGUAACGGUCUGGGCGACUACCAUGUUGCCGUGGUGCUGUUCUUCUGGCUGUCGGUGGUGCUGCUGGUGCUGGUCGUGCAGAACACCCUGCUAGCUAUCUUCUCACGGGCAUACGAAGAGGCCAAGAAGAACAACACCGACAAGGACUCCACCUUUCUGCUAUACGCCCUCCACGACUGC